GCCGCGAGUUCCUCCCACAGAGUUCCUGCAAUUCGGGCUGUCCGUGAGCUCUGGUCCCCGCCCCCACCGUGACUACUCCUACCACCGUGGAGAAAUUUCCGCCUUGGAAGCCCUCUCACGGCGGCCGGAGGAGGAUGGCUCAGGAGGAGGGCGGAAGCCUGUGCGAGGCUUGGGCGCGGGUCGGGUCCUUGCACCGCAUCACUGACCUGGCCCACACGCUGCACUUCUAUGAACGCUGGGCUCCGUACUAUGACCAGGACGUGGCCAGCCUGCAGUACCGAGCCCCCCGCCUUGCAGUGGACUGCCUCAGCCAAGCCCUUCCAGGCCCACCCCAUGCCGCCUUGAUCCUGGACGUGGCCUGUGGCACCGGCCUGGUGGCUGUCGAGCUGCAGGCUCGGGGCUUCCUCCAGCUGCAUGGGUUAGAUGGGAGCCCAGCGAUGCUGAAACAGGCCCAGGCCCGCGGCCUCUACCAGCAGCUCAGCCUCUGCACCCUGGGCCAGGAGCCUCUGCCCAGCCCUGAAGGGACCUAUGAUGCAGUGCUGAUGGUGGGUGCCCUCAGUGACGGCCAGGUACCCUGCAGUGCAGUUUCUGAGCUCCUGCGAGUUACCAAGCCAGGCGGCCUGGUGUGCCUGACCACCAGGGCCAACCCAUCCAACCUUCGCUACAAGGAGGCACUGGAGGCUACCCUGGACAGGCUGGAACAGGCCGGCAAGUGGGAGCGCCUGGUGUCCUGGACUGUAGACCGUGGGAGCUGGCUACCUCCAAGCUUGAGGAGGUGCCUGGCACUGAUGGCUACAUCCCUGGCAUUGUCUACUUGUACCAAAAGCAGGAGGCGACCCAGGUUGAGGGAUGAGGCCCGGUGCUCAGCCCCUAACUGGCCUCUGACCCUCCAGGUGACCUCGGUUGGGCCUGCUCUUGGGCCUUCAUCUGUCAAACGGGGCCACUGUGCCAGCCCUCUCCUCAGGAGAGCUCUGCCUAUUAAAUGAGCUCCAGAAGUGUCGACAGGAUUUUG